AUGGAUCUCGUCAACCAGUAUCUAGCGGAAAUCGCUGCUGUAGCGAGAAUACCGAAUCAGCAACAUCAAAUCAGUAAACUCACUACUUUGUUAAAUGUCAAUCCCCAGGAAAACCCAUACAUUGUCCAAUUGAAUCUGAUCAACUUCCAACUAGAAGAUGCACAGUUAUCGAAAGCAGUCGAUUCUCAUCGCCUCUUCAACGACGAAUGGCUUGCGUUCAACGAAGUUGUCUUGAGCUUCAUCAAAUUGAGUAACCAACUCAAUCCAUGGUCUUCUCUUGAGUCUUUUGAUCUCUAUGGAACUUUCAUUAAUGAUUUAUCAGUAGCUUUCAACAACAACAAAAACGGAUAUUUGCUCAGCUCAUUAGUCCGCGAUAGCAUAAGCGUGAUUUUACCACUAGCUCGUAGUCUAGAUGCACAAUUAUACGCUAAAGAACAUUGUUCACUGCCUAGACUUACGUUUCUCGCUUCGAUCUUGUUGAAAAUGUUCAACAACAUCAGAUCGCAAAUCAAUGACGUGAACGAAAACAAAAGGACCAUUUUCCUAUUCAUUAGUAUCAAGUUGUGCUCAGUCUACUUUCAGAUCGGCAACCCUUUGCUCUGUAGAAACAUUUUCUCCAAUAUGAACAAUGCCAACUUGACAUUUUCUUCCUUCAGCAAAAAUGAACAAGUACAGUAUCGCUACUACCUUGCUAAGUUUUACUUGAUCAAACAACAGAUAAUCGACAGCUACGACCAUUUCUUGUGGUGUAUGCUCAAUUGUCCCUCGACGUCUACCUCUAACAUCAACAGAAUUCUCAACUAUUUGCUACCACUUAGUUUGAUCAUCGGAAAAGUACCUAAUUUCCAGUACAUUUCACAAGUGUACUAUCAACAUACUCCACCACCUCCUUUUUUCAAUAUCUACAUGCGGUUGAGCGCAGCCAUCAAGCUGGGUAAUUUUCUUUUGUUCAACGAUGUGGUAGUAGAAAACUACCAAUACUUACAAGACGCAAAUGUUUUAUUAUUGCUUAUUAAUAAGAGUAAAGUCAUCAUUCUUCGUAACUUGAUAAAGUUGGCAUGGAUCCGCUUGGGCAGACCAUCCAGCUUAGACUACGAAGUGGUGAGAAUAAGCAUGAAAUUUCUGGUCCAGGAGCUUGACGAUGAUUCUAUUAUAGAGAACUUGUUCAUUUCCAUCAUAGACCAGAACUUGCUCAAGGGGAAGAUCUUCCCCAGAGUACGCAAAGUGGCUCUAAGCAAAACUGCAACCUUUCCCAAAGUGGACGAGGCGAAUAUUGCCAGGUUCUGGAAUAACAAGAAUUCCGACCGAUGGAUGCAAAAGUAG